AUGGACAUCCAUCUCAUUUACCCCUUAGAUUACAGUUGGACUCAGAUUGUUUGCGCAUUAGAAGCCAUCGGGAUCCAUGUUAGCAAAGAUAAGAGUGAGGCGUUUUUAACGCUUUUUUCUGAGACAAGCCAUCUUUCACACACGCAAUACAUGGAGACGACGUGCAUCAGCUUCGACGCCCUUCCUCAUGGUAUCGGGGUGUUGCUAUUCUUUCUCCCCGCAGACAAUUAUCUCGGAGAAGCCGUGCUCGCCAGAAACAUAGGUACAUUCAUGCUUCUUCCUAGCCGUCUUUUUGUCAUAGACCCCUCUUGCAGACGCCAACACUAUCCAGCCCAUAGAGAUGCAUCCAGUGUGGUGGGUGCCAACCUGUCUCCUAUCCCCACAUUCAGAUUGCCCGACGACAUUGCUCCGUUGAAGUGCUCCAUCUGCUCGUACUUGGGCCUCGUCUUGCAUAAGCGGGCCUUGCCCGACGUUGUACAGGCGUCCUCACUCUGCCUGCUUGUCUGGGAGUGGAUAAGACGCUAUGAGGAGACUGCGUCAAACGCUACAGUCGAGAGCAUACGACACUUUGGCCGGCUUGUUGGGGGGAAUCUCCGAAACGAGAUGGUCUCCAGUGACCCAGGAGCUCGUGAGCAGGUGCAAGUACAGCUGACGACCCUAGCAAACUUCGUUCGCAGCAUUCUUCAUAAGAGCUGCACAAAUACUUCGAUGAUACUGGGCCACUGCACGCUAAAAGAAUACAAGCUACAAAUCUUCAUUUACGUCAGGUACAGGCCAGCAACCUUUCAGAUACUGCUGGGCCACAUGCUUGCAAGCAUUUGCUGGUCGUUCACGGGAAGCAAGGAGGACACAGUCGUUUGCAGCCAGGACAAGACACAUCUCGCCAUCUCUGUUCUACUGCAUCGCCCGCCUAGCUCACCCCAUGCUUAG